CGGCGUCCCCGCGGCGCGUCGCCUUCCUCUUCCCGGCGCGGCCCCCCGGCUUCCGCGCGCCGCCCGCCACCAACCCGCUCGCCACCAUGUCCGUGGAGCUGGAGGAGGCGCUGCCGCUCACCGCCGCCGCCGCCGAGGGCGCGGCCGGGAAGGCCACCAAGGCCGGUGGCGCCGGCCCGGCGACGCCGCCCGCGCCCCCGAAGCGCAAGAGCGGCAGGAAGAAGAACCAGCCGGGCAAGUACAGCCAGCUGGUGGUGGACACGAUCCGCAGGCUGGCGGAGCGCGGGGGCUCGUCGCUGGCCCGCGUCUACGCGGAGGCGCGACAAGUGCCCUGGUUCGACCAGCAGCACGGUCGCACCUACCUCAAAUACUCGAUCAAGGCGCUGGUGCAGAACGACACGCUGCUGCAGGUCAAGGGCACGGGCGCCAACGGCUCCUUCAAGCUCAACCGCAAGAAGCUGGAGGCCGCCGGGGCGACCCCGGGCGCCGGCCCGGCCACCAGGAGGGCGACCCCGGGCGCGGCCGGGCCCCGGCGCGCGGAGCGGCGACAGCAGCGGCGACAGCGGCAGCAGCAGCAGCAGCAGCAGCAGCAGCCGCCGGCGGCCCGGGCCCCGCCGAAGCGCGACAAGGGCGCGGCCGCCCGCAAGGACAAAGGGGACAAGGCCAGGAAGGCGGCGGCGGGCAAGAAGGUUAAGAAGGCGGCCAAGCCCAGCGUCCCCAAAGUCCCCAAGGGGCGCAAGUGAGCGCGCCCGGCCUGGUGUGUCCCGCUUUUGUUUUUAAGUUUCUUUUUCUAAUUUUUUUAAUUUUUUCUUUCGGACCCCCCCCAAGUCCAAGUGCGCGCAGGUGGCGCGCGGCGGGCUGGCCCCGGCCCGGCCGCGGGGACUGUCCCCGCGUCCCCUCCCCUCCCCCUCCCCCUCCCCGCCGCCGCCGCCGGAGGGUUUUUCAAACAGCCCCGGCGACGCCCCCAUUGGCUCUCGGCCUUGGCAACGGCCGUCGUCAUGGUGACCAGCCCCCGGGCGCCAAUGGCCGGGGCCGCUCUCGGGGGCCGGGACGUGGCUGCGCGACAAACGUCGCCGCGGGCUCGGGGCUGCGCGGCGCGUGCGUUCAUUCCGUCGGCCUGGUUGGCUUUUUUUUUUUUUGGGGGGGGGGACAAUAAAUCGUUGAAACCUUUGAA